AUGACAUCCGCCCCGACAAUUCUGGCAACCCGUAAGCAGACACGGUUUCAUCUGCUAGAUGAUAAUCCUUCGCAGGAGAUUGAUGUGGAUGGACUCAAUAUUAUAGUCACAUCGUCUGCACCUGAAUCCACGGAAGAUGUAUCAAAAUCAAAGACCAAAGGGAAAUCAAAGGCCAAGGCUGCCGGGCGAGAGCUCAUUUCAGACGCGCACCUACGACUCAAGGCAGGUGUGCACUAUGGACUGUUAGGUCGCAACGGAACUGGGAAGUCAACGCUCCUCCGGGCAAUGGCUGAGAAACUCAUCCCUGGCAUCCCGCAUGCGACUCGCAUGGCAAUUUUGCAGCAGACGGACGAACAGGAUGACAAAACUUUUGGCGAAGACCCUAACCAGGACAAAACGGUGUUGGAAGCUGUUCUCAGCAGCGAUGAAACUAGGAACGAGGCUGUUCGGGUGGCGGAAUGUUCGAUGGCCCAGGAUGUAGACGCCAUCGAUGCGGAGACAGUCCAGUCGGAUACUCAAGCUGCCGUCGAGACGCUACAAAAUUUACAGUCUCAACUCGAAGAUAUGAAACUUGCCGAUAUGGAGCAACAAGCUCGUCGUAUUCUCCUCGGUCUUGGUUUCAAAGAAGACGGAUUCGCGAAGAAAGUCUCUACACUCUCAGGUGGUUGGCGUAUGCGAUGUAUGCUAGCCAGCGUUCUAGUCCAAGAUCCCGACAUCAUGAUCCUCGACGAGCCAACCAACUUCCUGGAUCUUCUUGGGGUAGUGUGGUUGGAGAACUACCUGAAACAACUUCGCGACACAUCAGAGACAACCAUCGUCUUAGUCUCACACGACAGGGAUUUCAUCAAUGCUGUCUGUGAGGAGAUUGUCAUCCUCCGAGACCAGAAAUUGACGUAUUUCCGAGGGAACCUGUCUGCAUACGAACAAGAUUUCGAGGAACAGAAGCUCUACCUGGGGCGCAUGAAGGAGGCACAAGAGCGACAGGUUGCGCAUAUGGAAGCUAGCAUCCGGGAGAAUAUGAAAAUUGGGAAGAAAACCAAUGACGAAAAUAAGCUGCGACAAGCUAAGUCGCGGCAGAAGAAGGUUGAUGAUCGGAUGGGUCUUCAAGUCAGCGCGAACGGGGGCCGUUUCAAGCUGAACCGUGAUUUAGUCGGAUACCAUUUCCACAAUCGAGCUGAGAUCGAGGUUCCAACAGAUGAAAAGGGCGCGACUAUGAGUUUGCCCGAUGCGACCGAGUUGCGGUUCCCCGGACCGUUGGUAUCACUUGAGGGUAUAGUUUUCCAGUACAAGAAGACCGAUCGCGUCAUCUUGGACGACGUGAACUUGGUCAUUCACUUGGGUGAUCGUGUCGGGAUUAUGGGUCUCAAUGGUUCGGGGAAGACUACUCUGCUUCGUGUCCUGACUGGACAGGUAUCUCCUUCAAGGGGCAAGGUUUCGACUCACUCGCGGUUGAAGGUGGGCUACUACAGCCAACACUCUGUGGAAGAGCUGCAAGAGCGUGGCCGAGGCGAGCCUAGUUUAACUGCACUGGGGUUAUUGACGAUUGAAACCGAAGGAUCUAUGAAUGAGGGCGCUAUCAGAGGUCUACUUUCUUCGAUGGGGUUAGCAGGUCGUAUUGCAUCUGAUGUCCCUGUUGCCAAACUAUCAGGUGGACAACUGGUUCGCCUUGCAUUGGCUCGAAUUGUCUGGAGUGCACCACAGCUUCUCAUUCUUGAUGAAAUCACAACUCAUUUGGAUUUCUACACUGUCACUGCAUUAGCUACGGCUCUCUCCUCCUUCAACGGCGCUGUGCUUCUAAUUUCACACGACCGUUUCCUUGUUCGUUCUGUAAUCGAGGGCAAGCGAGACACCGAGCACAAACUUGAUGAAGAUUUCGAAGGACUGGAGGAGGAAGAGACCCAAGAAACGCCAAGACGCCGGUCGGUCUAUGUGAUUAAACAAGGCAAGAUGAACGAACAGAAAAAUGGGGUGGAGCAGUUCGAAAAGAGCCUGGUGAAACGGGUUCAAAAGUUGUUACCGAGUAUAGAUUAG